UGAACGACACCGUUUUAUUCUCCCCUGACCUCUCCUUAUCGUCCUUUUUCCUCUCUACCUCUGUUGCGCGCACCUCCAGAACUAGGGUUUUGGGUUCGGUCGACCCACGAGGACGCCAUCGUUUCAGGGAGGUAGGUUUUGAAAUGGUUGCUCAGUGAAGGUCUAUUGGAAGUUGGAAACCAAUAGUAGAUUAGAUAAGAGUGGCAGCCAAUUUUGGUGUAGGAUGAUGAUUCUACCUGGGUUGUUGCCUGCUUGUUCAGGAUUGAUUCAUCCUGAACUACCAUUCCGGGAUCAGAGAUGUAAUGGGAUCGGAUUUAAAGGUUGUAAUGCUGUUGGGAUAGUAUGUAGAAAGGUUCCCAGAGGAAGGAUUCGAUAUUUUCAUGAAGAGCGACUUGGCUCCAAAUGUGUUGCAUAUGCAGGAAGAAAUCGACAUGAAUUGAGCUUUGCCAAUGACUCCCCCAAGGAGCCCUUUCUGUUGAGUUCAAUUAAGGAAGCCUUCUGGGCUUUGAAAUCCUUGUUUGAUUUUUUGGUUGACCAACCUAGUCAGCUGAAGUACAUAGAGUGGCCAAGUUUCCAAAGCACGCUGAAGACUGCUAUUCUCACUCUUGUUCUUGUAGCAGCGCUCAUCGUUGCGCUAUCCUCAAUCGACUCUGCCCUCUGCUUUCUCUUGACUAUGUUUCUUCGGAGAACCAGAUGAUCUAAUGAUGUUCUUCAAGCCUACUCUUCCAGUUUUUACCAGUAAGCAUUGCUAGCAAAACUCCGUGUGCCCGUUUUGAAGUGGGAAAGCUUGAAACUCAUGGUGGAAACAGCAGAGGGAACCAUUUUUGGGAGAAGAUUUGAUGAAAUGAUUCAUGAGUUCAUUUUAUUUAUUAUGAGAAUUGAGCUGUGUUAGAAGCUCAGUUAUACAACUUUUUGUAAUUGGGACGAAAGGUGAAAAAGGGUAUAUGUAUACCAUUCAAGAACUCUUGGUUCUA